AUGGCACUUCUUGUCAGUCAAUCUGAUCCGUCAAGCACCCUGCAGCUUUCGCAAAGAGCUCCAUUACUGCUCUCAACAGCAACACCUGCGAGUCACUUUUUCCCUCUCACACUGCUCGAGAAGCCCGAGACCCCAGCUACGUGGACCGACUAUGAAAGACUGUUCCAGGCAUGCCUCAGAGCAGGCGAUGACAAGUCGGCGCACCUUUGCCUCGAAAGAUUGACGACGAGGUUCGGCGCAUCAGAUAGCAGGGUCAUGGGCUUGCGUGGAAUGUACCAGGAAGCGAUUGCUACCAGUACGGAAGAUCUGGAGAGGGUCUUGCGGUCAUACGAGAAGAUACUGCGGGCUGAUCCAAUGAAUGUGCCAAUACUCAAGAGGAGAAUAGCUAUCAAAAAAUCGUUGGCACGGCCUCAGGAAGCCAUUAGUGCCCUAGUGGAAUUUCUCGAGUCAAAUGCAACAGAUGCAGAGGCGUGGUGUGAGGUGGCUGAUCUGUAUCACUCUCAAGGCAUGAAUGCACAGGCACUAUUCAGCAUCGAAGAAGCGCUAUUGAUUGCGCCCAACGCAUGGAAUCUGCACGCCCGCAUGGGCGAACUCGAGUAUAGUAGCGUUGCUGCAGGGACGGAGAGCGCGCAAGCAACCCAGAAACUACUAGCGGAUGCAGUCCGAAGGUUUUCAAGGAGCAUCGAGCUUUGCGACGGCUACUUACGUGGCUAUUAUGGUCUGAAAAUUGCAAGCCACAGAUUGCUGGAGAACCUGGAUACGUCGACUUCGUCCACACUAUCAGACAUCCCUCCACGCAAUGUCAUCAGCCAGCUUCAUGAUCUUGCGGUUAAGAAGCUAGAGCAUAUCAUCGACACCCGCAGCACACAAAUAGUGCACUCAGACUCAGCCCGUGCCGAAUUGAUUGCAGCUCAGGAGCUACUGGACCGGUCUCGUUGA